AUGAACCUGGACGCAACACUCGACACGGCGGAGGAGAUCCGGUUUCUAAGCAAGGUGAGCGGUCUGGUAAAGGGGCUGGCUCGUUCCACCCACUUCACGCACCAAGAGCUAGAGGUAGUGCUGUUGGUGUACUAUAAAAUUCUAAAGAGUGAUCCGGACGCUGCUGGGGGACAAAUUUCACGCCAGCAGCUAACCACCGUCUUUGAUACGGCAUUCGGUAUCACAGAUACGGCCGUUAUAAGACGCAUCUACGCUGCGCUGGACGGUGGCAACAGUUCGCACGUGUCGAUGGAAACUUGGGCCCGGUUGGUGUCACUGUACGUGCGCGGUACGCUCGAGGAAAAGAUCGCGUACUGCUACCGGGUGUAUGACAUCCAGCGCGAAGGGAUGAUAAGGCGUGACUAUUUGAUGAUACUGUUGCGCGGAUGCGUACGGCAGGAGGAAGGUGUCGACGAGGCGGUAAAGGAUUUGGUCGAUAUCUUGAUGACGCGGCUCGAUCAGGAUCGGGAUGGGGCGAUCUCGUUUGAAGAUUAUCGGAAAAGUGUGCUCGGAACGCCACUGUUGCUGGAAUGUCUUGGACAAGCGCUGCCAGAUCGGAUCCAUGUGGAAGCGUUUGCAACGACCUUUCUUGUGAUUUAG